AUGGAUCCCUUCGCGGCCCAAAGGAUCGCCCACGGGCUCAUAGACCCCUCGGGAAUCCCCCAGCUUCUGCACGUCGGCGGUCCCCGCCUCGUCCGCCACGCUCCGCAGUUGCACGACCGUCAAGCUGGGGAUACCUGCGGUAUCUCUGAAAAGGAGUGUGGUGACGGCUGUAUCCCCUUGGGUGGCCGAUGCUGCGACAAUAACGGGAACUGGUGUGAGAUGAGCACGGUGUGCGACAACGGCGGCUGCUGCCCCGUAGGAGAAACCUGCACUGCCGUCCCGGACGGCUGCUCCGAUAGCAUGGAGGAAUGCGGCAAUGGCUGCAUGCCGGCGGGCGCCUUGUGCUGCUCCGGAUACUACUGCGACGCUGGCGAGAUGUGUGCGGGGGACGGGAUCUGUUUGGUGGACGACAAUAUCGAUGGCGGCGACGUCGAUGGAGGUGAUGGUAGCGACGUCGAUGGAGGUGAUGGUAGCGACGUCGAUGGAGGUGAUGGUAGCGACGUCGAUGGAGGUGAUGGCGGCGACGAAGAUAGUGGCGGGCGCACGCUAGUUCUAGACGCGGCGUGGCUAGCGGUGUCGCUCUUUGUCUUCCUCUAG